AUGAGGUUCCGGAGACGCGCCUCUAAGAAAGUAUCUGCGCUCCCGGAAAAAGGAGAUGCUGUUUCAACGGCUAUUCGUGACCACGAAGCCCUUUCAGCGUGGUUUAUAGGCCCGAAGGCAGAGAAUAGCCAGCUUCUCAAGAGCCAUCUCAACCUCAUCGUCGACCAUAUCACCCGCGCUCGUGUUGAAUAUUUUCAGAAUGAUCCUGUGCGUAUUAUCUCCUGUUUUGCUAAAAAUGGUUGUGCAUCGAGUGGCAAGUUGCCCGACGCGGCGGGUGUCGAUUACGAGCAUUGUACCCCGAGAUACUGGUCUUCGUUUGUUCCUUCGCCUUUCGACGCUUGGAAGUAUGGGGCUCUGGUGGUCGAUGGCGUGCGGGCAUUCGUUACCGUCGCAAUUCAGGACAGUACCGCAUACAAGCGCGAGGUGGCCGAGCUUCACAAACAUCUGACCGGCAUGACCGACCUACUCUCGCGCUACUCCAUACCAUCCUUCUCUCCCCGAUACAUGGGACAUAUGUGCUUCGACAACUCUCUUCCUGCGACGCUUGGCUAUCUUACCGCGAUGCUCCACAAUCCCAAUAAUGUUGCGGUCGAAGCAAGUCCUCUUACGAGCUAUAUUGAAUAUUGUGUUGGACAACAGCUAUGCAAACUGCUUGGAUAUCGUACGAUGGAGAUCACUGAUGCGGGUACAUGUCCACCUGAAUUCAAGGGUUGGGGGCAUAUAACAUGCGAUGGUUCAGUCGCCAAUUUGGAAGCGAUGUGGCAAGUCCGUCUUUUUUGCGGCUUCGCGCUCCCGCUCACCGUAUUUCUAGGGUUGGUAAGUGGCAUCUCCAUAUUUGUGGCCAGUGAUCAGGACAAAGUUUCAGCUCGAAAUCUCAAAUUCUAUCCGCUGUCCCUCAAAUGGGCUAUAGAAGAGGGGGGGCUAGGGUUUCUCGCAUCGUCCUUCACCAUCUCUCUCACUCGCGGUCGAAGCGAAUCCAGUCUCUUCAUGCAGGCAUCCACGACUGAUCUCCUCAAUCUCAAACCCGAGGUGAUCCUGGAUAUACCAAAUCGGCUAUCUCAAGAAUACGGAAUAUCACAGCAAUUUUUGAACGAAGAGAUAGGGCGCUACUUGAUACAAUCUGUAGGCAGGGAGCCUCUGGAGAGGCGCUACGGAUUAACGAGCACGCCGAAGUAUAUUGUCAGUAAGAUGUGCCAUUAUUCCUGGCCGAAGGGGGCAGCGGUUCUUGGUGUCGGAAGGGAUAACAUGGAGCAGAUCGAUGUCGACAUCAAUGCGCGUAUGGACGUCGCACAGCUGGAGAUGAAACUGCUUUCACUCACGCGUGCCGGACAUCCAAUCUAUGCUGUGAUUGCUAUCAUUGGAGCGACUGAACACGGCGCAGUUGAUCCGCUUGACAAGAUCCUUCAGCUACGGCGCAAGUUCCAGGAGGAGCAUGGCGUCUCAUUUCUGAUUCAUUGCGAUGCUGCAUGGGGAGGUUAUUUCGCUUCUCUGCUGCACGAGCCGCCGCCCGGUCACAGGUCUGCACGCCCAGCCGGGGACAUUGACGCCUUUGUUCCCGAGCAGGCGCUCUCUCCGUACACCGAAACGCAGCUGCGGGCUCUGCGGCAUGCCGACUCCAUCACGCUCGACCCGCACAAGAGCGGAUACGUGCCGUACCCUGCAGGCGGGCUCUGCUACCGCGACGAACGCGCCAAGUGCCUCAUCACCUGGAGCGGGCCGUACAUCGACGGUGGAGCAGGCGCGAGCGACGUCGAGUCGAUGGGCGUAUUCGGACUUGAGGGAAGCAAGCCUGGUGCGGCUCCUGUUGCGGUGUAUCUCUCACAUGCCGUGAUUGGCCUGCAUCGCUGCGGGUACGGCGCGUUACUGGGCGAGGUAAUGUUCACCGCCGCGAAGAUGAAUGCCCAGUGGGCAACCAUAUCGCUCGCAUCAGACACCUUGCUUGUCGCACCACUCGUAGGUCUGCCUGCCGAGCGUGAGGGGCGCCCGAGAGACGAGGUGGAGGCGCAGCGCCGGUUCGUGCGGGAACGCAUUGUGGGGCGCGGGAACCACGAGCUUGUGCGUGACGCGGAAGCGAUGGCGCUCCUGAGGCAGAUGGGUGGGGACCUCGCAAUCAAUGCAUUCGUGUGCAACUUCCGCGUCGCGCCUGGCGGGCCAGCGAACACGGACGUGGCGGAGGCCAGCUAUCUGAAUGCGCGCAUCGUGGCGAGGUUGUCCCUCACGCGAGUCGAUGACGCAGCGCAGAUGAAGCCUCUGCUGCUCAUGGGCACGGAGCUAAGUGCCGAUCGGUACGGCGAAAGUCUGAAGCUACUGAAGCGUCGCUUGGGCCUCGACGAGGGCGACGAGGGGGAUCUAGCGGGAAUGUGUAACGUUUCGAUGAAUCCGUUUCCUACUAGGGAGAACUUUAUUGGGGAGCUUUCCACAGCGUUCCUGAGAGUUGCUGAAGAAGAAAUCAAGAACUGCUGGAAACGUGUCCAACCCGUGCCGGCUAUCCACAGCUUCAUCAUGCAAGGAACAGACGACCUGUAUCUGACAUAUCUUCCCAUGUUUAAUCUGGGAAGCUACCGGCAGCAGUUGAUCGUUUCCGCGAAACUGCCUGAUAGCAUCAUGAAAGCGUACGCCGAAGUCCGAGCACAGAGGCCCAGCGCAGUCUUCACGCUUCACACCCGCGCAAAGGUGUUGCUGUCUGAAGUGCUCCAAAAAGGUAGCUGCGUGGUAGAUAUCCACGAGGAUCUCCCCGUACUCCAUGGAUUCAAUCCCGAUCCCAAGGGAUUUUCGUCAUGUGGCGUUGCGCUCAGCGAGAUCAAGAUUGUGAAGCAUCUCUCGCUUUCUCCCACGAGUCUGGCCCGAGAGUAUCCUCUGUUCAUGCCGUUCUUCCUUUAUGGAACCCCUGGCCAGAAACAUAUCGACCACAUUCUGCUGAAGGCCCCCAACGCGCAGCUGAGUUCUAGUAGAGUUCAUUUUAGUUUUGAUGAACACGCGGGGCCGGCGGAGCCGGCUAAGGGAAUUGAUUUUCGCUGUGGGGUGAUUAUGAUUCUGGACGAGGUGCGCGAACAUACUAUGCAGCCGUAUGGCCGCGGGCACCGCCCGAAUUUCUUUGCUCCCAGAAAAACUUUCCGCGUCUCGCUAUAUUCAGAUCCCUUUUCCGGACAAUACGGCUGCACACCCACAGAUAUCCGCACGGUAUGGGAACGACUCGACUUGGGAAAGCCGCUGGCGAAGGGCGCGCUCACUCUCGGGAAGAGCAUCUAUUCGGACAUGACGCACCUCAACCGCAAGACCGUGCCGGAGCUAUGUCUGCUGCCUACGGAACAACUCACGCGGGAUGAGCUUCUGUUAUCCGUUACGGAGGAUUACGAACAGAUCUCGGAGGACAUCAAGCGCGUGGCGGCGCACCACACCGCGGUCGCCGCCGACGACAUUAGCGCGCACAUCUUGGCGGCCGUGUCCGUCCGUGCGCGCAAAUACGAUCUGCGGCCUGUGCAUGAAUCGUAUGCGCGUGCUCACGCGGCUGUGCAUAUCAGCCGAUUUGCGUUGAGAGAACUGGACGAUGAGCGGAGCCAGUGUGUGGCCGUACGACGGGGUUGGAAGGACUCGUGCGAUGAGGUACUGUUGGGUUGA